AUGCCACAACGACGUCCUUAUAAUCGGUGGAAACCAAGCGAAAAGGAGCGAUUGAUUGCCCUUCGUCAGCAAAACCCCGACAUGUCCUACACGAAACUUGCAAAUCGAGAUAAUGUUACUCCGACUGCGGCGUCUACGACAACGAUAGGAACAUCUUCAAAGUCUCCUGAGCGGGUGGCUACGGUUGAAACUGAAGACGAAGAACACUCUGACUCAGAGGAGCGUAUUGAAGACAUCUAUUUUUCUGGGGAGCGGACUCCCAACAAGCGAGUCAAAUUAAGCUAUUCCACGAGGUCUCAGGUGGCUUCUAGCAAGUCUCAGCGGCCACAAGAUUCGGCCACCAUACAAUCGGAAUCAAGCGAGCGCCGGCAGAGCUUGGAUGAACCCCCCUUGGAGCUGUCCCCUCGACCUAGAAAGGGUCACAUUGUGCUUUUUUCAGAGCAUGCCAAUCGCAGCCCUGAUCGAGGAGCAGUCGAAGAUGACAACGAAGAUCAUGGGUUGCCUCUCAGCACUCCUCCACCGCCCCCACCAUCAAUACCACCUCCCUCUCCACCCCCUCCUCCGCCUGAGGAAUCCAGGGAGGGACAGGCGCAGAAUCGGACAGUAGUAGUCGCUCCUGUUGACCACAGCAGUACCAGACAAUCAGAGACCCAGGAUCAAGUGGGCGAACUCGCACCAAAGCAGGGUCUAUUCUCAGCAGAAUAUAUCGAAAAGGAAAUUGCUCAACAAACAGCAAAGACCAAUCGAUGGAUCAAAUGGCUUUUGACCCAAAACAAAGGCUAUGAGACGAGAAACCUGGACUUGGAAAAGAAGCUAAAACAAUACGAGUCCGUGGACACGGAUAAAGACAGUCAAAUAUCUCGGUUGCAGACUGAGCGAAAGCAGCUGUUAAGUGAGAAUAUGGGGUUGAGAAAGAAACUGAAAACAGUAAUCGAGGUUGCAGGGGGAACCGAUGAUUUGGAAUCAACUAUCCAGGGUGCAUAG